UCAGUUAGGCGCAGUAUCAACACUAAACUAGAGCAGCAGAGCAGAGGAGACGGUAUAUUUAUUUUGUGAAUUUCUCACAAGCAGAAAUCAUCUUCUUGAAUCAUGGGGCUGUUUGGGAAAGAAGCUAAGAAAGACCCGAAGGAUCAGGUACGUGAGUGGACUUCUGCUUUGAGGAAAGAAGGCCGCCAACUGGACAGGCAAAUUAGAUCAAUUGAAGUGGCAGAGGCAAAGGUCAAAAGGUCAAUCAAGGAUUCUGCCAAGAAGAAUCACAUGGACGUCUGCAAAAUCCUAGCCAAGGAACUGAUCCAGUCGAAGAAGGCCAAGAAUCGCAUCUACACCUCCAAGGCUCAUCUGAACUCGGUAGGCAUGCAGAUGAAGAACCAGCAAGCAUUACUGAGAGUAAGCGGAGCAUUGGAGAAGAGCACAGUCGUGAUGAAAGCCAUGCAAUCAUUGGUCAAGGUGCCAGAGAUUCAAGCUACCAUGAUGGAACUAUCAAAAGAAAUGAUGAAGGCUGGUAUCAUUGAGGAGAUGAUGGAGGAUACGUUUGAAUCAUUAGACGAUGUAGAAGAGGAUGCCACCCAGGAGGAAAUUGAUAAGAUACUCUAUGAGCUCACGGCAGGUGCACUCUCCACAGCGCCAGAAGUCAGCGCUGAGCUACCCGGACCAGCAGAGGGCGCUACAGCAGGUCCAGAGAGCGAGGAGGAAGAAGAAGAAGGGGACGACCUUCAAGCCAUGCAGGCCAGAUUAGAAGCCCUCAGGAGCUAGUUGAUAACUUCUCACAUGGACUAAAGACUCUUUCUGCCAUAGUUAACAAGCAGACAUUUACACGACCCAGGGCGCAUCUGGAUUCUAUUGCGAGAUCAUGUUGCAUGCAGCUUUCUUUCUAUGUUGAAUUACAUCAGUUCAAGGGGCUACCCCCAAGCCGUGAUGACCUGACCAGAAGCCCUGAAGAACUAGAGGAUAUCCUGUCAAAGUGGAUUCAAUUCUCUACAUGCCAUGGUGUAGUUCACCACUGGACAUUCGCAUGAUCAAAGAAGCAUAUGGCUUUUUAUGGGAACUGCUGUUUCAUUCGCAACAUGUCAUUUUCCUUUGUGUGAUUAACUUCUUGGCUACUUAAUCCCUUUGUGCCUAAUGCCAGACCAUUUCAAUCACUUGCUUGCUUUUAGGUUUGAAUUAUAGCUAUAUGAAUUGCUGAUAUAUCAUACAAGCCUAACACAAGCUGGUUGUUAGAGACAUUAGCUCUUCGGUUCCAAGAUCCAGAGCUCUCUGUCGCUUAACUCGUGUCUAUUUUCACCUUCAUGGUUGUGAUGUCUUUAGAUUUAACAGCUUUAGAAGAACCUAAAUAAAAGCUGUACAAGUGUAAUCAAGAAGAAGAGCUAUUGCACAUGGGUGUGAAUAGAGUUUGAAUAUAUACUGUUAUUGCUCAUUCUUCGGGAUAAAGAGUCUUGUUUUGACCUGGUCAGAUGUGACUGGUGGAACAGCAUGCACUGACAGAGAAAGGUGUGAGAAGCGGUGGAACUACAAUUGUUCUCUUUUUCAUGCAUACUGUACGAUGUUGGUCAAGGCGCUGUUUUUAGCACUUUGAGUGUGACCAUUUGUAAGUAAGCAUAUUUUGAGGGAUGUCCUAUCUGUUAGAGUUUUGUUCAGGUGUAAGCCCGAUUCAAAUAUGCUGCGAUAAUCUGUGGCAGUUCUUUUUAAUUAAUAAUAAUAAUCUUUUAAAGUCCACUCCAAAUUGUUAUUAAGUUAAAGAUUAUCUCCGAAACAACCUGGCACGGGGGGAUUUGGGGCUUGGCACAAUGGGGAUUAGCCCUGUGGCAUGAUAAGAGUUAACGUCUUUUGGUAUGACACGGCCGGGUUUCGAACCCACGACCUCCCGGUUGUGAGGCGGACGCUCUACUGACUGAACCAACACACCGGUUAGUGAUAUAAGUGUAUUACACUCCACAUUUAUGUAUCUUAUAAAACAGAGCUCAGUGCAUACGCAUGGGACCUUUGAUGGGCGUAGUUGCCAUUCUUAUACAGGUUUAAAAAACUGCUGCAGUGUAUCAUAUCUGAAUGAGUCUCUAAUCAUCCAAAUGUAGUAAUUAAGUGAACAACUCAAGAAAAGAAAUGUGAUUUUAUUCGAGCUGUAUUACAAAUGGUAUUUAUGCGAAGUAUACUUAGAUUGUUGUACCAUGAUCUGUCUUAUUUAUGAGUCUUUACUCUUUACUUAACGUUUAAGACGUUUUUUAGUCUCAAAUCUGAAUAAUGUCAAAAUUACAUUUUCCCAUUGUGAAUUUU